UGUGAGAUGUGUGAGGAAACAUCGUUCCUUAAGCGGAGGAUCUCAGUCCUGAAGUUUAUUGUCACUGCUCUGUGAGAUUCAAGAAGACAUUCAGAAGCUUAAAAUGGAAAAAAACAACUUGAAAGGAAAUGCAGAAGCUGUGGAUAUUUGUGACCUCAGAAAAGCAACUGACAGGCCUGAACUUGGGCUGAGAAAACAAGCUGAGAAUUAUUCCAGUGUUAUAGAUGGCCAAGAGUUAACUCUUUCUUCAGCUGGUAAUAAAGAAGUAAAUUCCAAAGAGCCCUCUAAGUGCAGGAAUCCUGAUCUUGGAGCCUGUGAGCAGCAGCUGGUCCUGCCCCGGGUGCAGCCCCUGGCUGUGCAGAGGAGCAGCAGAGCAGCCCCACAGCAGCAGGUGGAAAUGGAUUUUAAAAUUAUGCUUGACCCAGAGAACAUGGAGAAUAAAACUGGUUUAAAACUUCCCAAUGAUGAGACCAGGCUGCCACUUAUAGCUAAGAAAAAAUCUGCUCCUGUGUGCAGCCAGAGGACAGGGAAGGAUCCCACAGCCCCCAGCCCCUGGGCUUUGCCUGCCUUCCUCUCCCUGGGCUCUCCCUUACCCCUGCUAGAGGAGGACUCCCCAAAAGGUGCCCUGAGCCCCAGUGGCCAGAGGCUGAUCCUCCCAGCAGCACUGGGAGCUCUGCCAGCCCCUCCUGCCGUGCCCAGAGCAGCUCCUGGCCCUCAGUUCCCCAGGCAGCACAGGAAACCAGCUCUGGGAGAGAUCAGUGUCAGGCUGGACCCUGAGAGCACAGACACCAUCACCCUCCCAAAGCCAAAGGAAGCAGUUUAUGGCACAUAUUCCUCUAGUAAAGGGAGCAUUCCACCACUCCUAUCAAGCAAUUCUGUGGUUUCAACAAGAAGAUCAAGGCCAGAGUGGAGGUGUCCAGCUCAGCAGUUGCAAUCUGAGGUGCACAUUCCCCCUCAGACACAGCCCCCACAAACAGCUCAACCCUUCCAGGAUCCCUGCUUGGACAUUGCUGUUCAACAGAAAGCUCCAGGUGUUCAGGCCCUCCAACACCUCCAUCAUUCCUCCUGGGGGAGCACUGUGGGGUUUUUGGAACCCCCAGAAAAGCUCCUCAAAGACCACUCUGUCCCUCUGGCCACCAUCAACAGCCAAAAGAUGGCACAAAUCACCUCGGACUUGGAUUUCAAAGAGAAUCCCACCAAAAGUGACAUUUUGUCCGUGAUGAAGAAUCAGUCAGCUGUGGAAGAGACCCCAAAUGGAGCUGGGCAGGGGCGCAGCACAGGGGGGCACAGGGGGGGUCCCAGCCCCGUGCCAGGCUCAGGCCAGCAGCAGUGGGCAGCAGGCUCAGGCCAGCAGCAGUGGGCAGCAGGUGUGCUCAGCUCUUCCUGGCGCUCCUGGAGUCACCUGGCACGGCUGAGGGGUGCCCUGAGGGAAGCGCGGCGCAGACACCUGGAGAAUUUCUGCAGCAGGGCCAAGCAUCUGGCAGCCAACUGGAAUCGCAUCAGGACCUCCAGGAGGACUAUUAUCCAUAUCCCAUCAUUAGGGUAUUCCCAACACAUCCGUGAGCACAUCCCUGACCUUGCUGUCCAGCAGAACCUGCAGAUGGGGAGGCUCUGUGACAUCCUGGAUGCCAACGUGGACGUCAUCUACAUCUGCCCCCUUGCUCUGAGUGAGGAGUUACUGCAGUACUACAAUAAACUCCUGGGUCUGCAGGCAGCUGUUAGAUCUGGGAACCCUGAGGACAUGGCUGACCUGCAGGACAGGUUCAGAAUUCUCACCCCUGAAGCUAUAAACAGCUUCCCUGAGCACCACAUGUGCCUGGCCACGGUGCUCAAGUACAGCCCCAGGACGCUGCAGAGGCUCCAGGUUCUGCUCCAGGGCAGGGAUGCCUACAUGGUUGGGGGUGUUCCCCACCUGGAUGAGCUGGCUGUGGCUGACCAGCUCCAGGUGCCACUUCUGGGCUCGGAGCCAGCAGUGGCUCAGCUCUGCAGCACCAAGUCCGGCAGCAAGAGAAUCUUUGCCAGUGCUGGAGUGCCAACCCCUCCUGGAGAGGGGGACAUCCACAGCAGGGAGCAGCUGCUCCGUGCCCUCAGCCAGCUCGUCCUGGACAACCUGGAGGUGCAGCGCUGGCUCUUCAAGGUGGAUGAUGAGCGUGCAGGAGAUGGCACUGCCUUCUGUGAUGUCAUUUCUCACCUGGAAUGCCACCCCUGGAUCCAGAGGGAGCAGCAGGAACGUGGUGUGGAGGCGUGGAGGGAGAGCCAGGCUCGUGAGCUAGCUUUGGUGAAGAUCUCCCAGGAGCUGCCGGGCCUUUUAGCACAGCACGUACAGCCAGUCAAUGAGAAACGAUUCCCUACAUGGGAAAAAUUCCUCCAAACAUUUCUUACUCAAGGGGGGGUGAUCGAAGCCUUUCCCUGCUCGGGCAGCGUCACCAACCUGACGGUGGAUCUGCUGAUCGAGCCCUCGGGGGAGCUGACUCUGCUGGCAUCUGGGGAGCAGCUCCACGCCGAGGGGCCCCUCAGAUCCUCUGGCACCACCAUCCCACAGCGCUCCGUGGAUCCUGGGCUUCUCCAGGCUCUCUGCCUGAAAGUUGGGGAGGCCUGCAAAGCCAAAGGAGUGCUGGGCUACUUCUCCGUGGACUUUGUGGCUUUCACCCAUCCCCAAACGGGGCAGCAGCAGGUGUGGGCAACAGACCUUGACCUUGGCUACAGUGACCAGCUGGCCCUGAGUCAGCUCCUGGUGUACCUGACAGAUGGAAAUGUGGAUUGUGGCUCCAGCAUCCUGCAAGCACCUCUGGGAGCAAAGGAGAGCCAAGGCCAAGGGGUCCAGCACGAGGGGACAAAACCUCCUGCCCCCAGCAGCCCCCGGUGUGCCGUGGCCAGCAGCCAGCUGAGGCAUUGCGGCCUCUCAGGGAUCUCCUACAGCCUCCUCCUGCACACCUGCAAAGCUCAGGGCAUUGGAUUUGACCCCCAGGAAAAACAGGGAACAGUUUUUGUGUUGUAUGAAGACCAGAAGCGACACAGCCUGGGAAUGAUAACAAUCGGAGAGGAUCUCCAGGGGGUCCUCCUGACCUUUGCUCGCAAUCUCUUCAUCAUCCAUCAAGAAAUAUCAGCACCUAAUAUGCAAGGCGAGACCAAUUUUAAGAUGGCAAUUCGAGAUAUUGAAGCAAUUCUAGGAGUUACAGCAGAAAACAAACUGAGAUUGGAAGAAGAGCAACCUUGGCAAGCAGAUGCUCUGAAGGAAUAGUUAACAGAAAAUGUUCAAGUGCCUCAUUCCUUAUGCUUCUGGAAAUGCUUCCUCAUCUGUAAGAACAGGUUUGGUUUUCCUUCUGAGCUGGUGUGUGAAGUAGCAUUAACUGAGACAGAAAAUCUCUGUGGCUGCUGCCUGUGGCACUGGGAACAUCCCACCUUUCUGGCUGGAAAGCACAGGAUCAUCCCAAUGCUCCUCAUGUCCCUGUUGGCAUUCCUGGAGUUCAGCACGUGGGUUAAAAAUCUCAUUAAUGGGGUCGUGCU